AUGCCUGACACACUCCACCCUGAGCUAAAACGGGCCCUGGAGGGGUACCGUCAACGGCGCCACUUCAACGCCCUGGAGUGGGUUGCCGGCAAGACCACCGCGUUAAACUGCUACAUGCGCGAUCACGGACUGACGGUCUGUGUGACAAAUGUGUCAGGGGGGGUUGACUCGGCCGUGGUGCUGGCGCUUUGCGCGCGCGCGAUGGGAUGUGCGGGGAGCCCUAUUGUGAAGAACGUGGGGGUUUGCCAGCCUAACCAAAGCAGUGAUUGGGCAUUGACCCGAGGAAUGGAGAACAUCGCGGCUUGUCAGGCCACGGCAGUCAUGGUCGACCAGACCCAUCUCCACACGGCGCUUUCGGGACUCGUCGAGGACGCGGUGGGGAUCCGGGCGAAGGACUUCGCGUCGGGCCAAUUGAGAUGCUAUAUGCGCACCCCGACGAUUUAUUACAUCAGUCAACUCUUCAGCCAGGAAGGUACUCCUGCAAUUGUGAUGGGCACCGGCAACAAAGACGAGGAUUUUUAUUUAGGCUAUUUUUGCAAGGCCGGUGACGGCGUCGUAGACUUGCAAUUGAUUUCAGAUCUUCACAAGAGCGAGGUGUAUUUAGUGGCGGAGGCCCUGGGGGUGCCGGAGAGCACUCGGCUUGCGCCCGCCUCCGCCGACCUCUGGGAGGGUCACACUGAUGAAGAUGAGCUAGGCUUUCCGUACGACUUUGUGGAGCUUUUUACGGGUUGGUAUAUCGAACAAAAUGAGACGACCAAGAUUGAUUUCAUCGAAGGUCUUAGCUAUGAGGCUCGUUGUCAAUUCAAAGCUUAUGCAAAGGCUUGUGAGGAUGUGCAUCGACGUAAUGCGCAUAAGCUAAGCGGAUUAGUUUCUUUAUAG